AUGGAGCUAGAACCAACAAAAGUGGUCGACUUUCAUUACGAGUACACGAACGUCGACGAUAAACCGGCCAAGCUGGUGCACGCCAUCGAAAUCCCCUACAAAGGAUGCGUGGAGGAGCUGUGUCACCAUAUUGUGGCGGUACGGAUGGAUCCGAUCAUGAAACAUCUGAAGGCGCAUGAGAAACUGUUGCCGGAACUGAAAACCUUCAUCAGGCGUGAAAAUCAGACGUUCUACGAUGAUCGCGAUGAGCUGUUGCUGGAAAAGUUCCGCAACGGGACCCCGGAUGUGGACACGCUGGCACUGGAUACGGAGAAGCUGUACCGCGACGAGGUCCUUCAGUUUGCGGAUCGCGUCGGCCCUACGGACGAGGAAAUAUUCGCCCAAAGCUACCACCAGCUGGUGCACUCGAACUUGCUGCCGGACAUACUUGAAAAGGAGCGCGAUUAUGCCCGGACGAUCGCGAGCCUCACGACACAGAUGACGCAGCAAAUUAACACGAUGAAUACGCUGCACCACGAGGAGAUAGAGUCGAAAUUAAAAUUGCUCGACAUAUCGAUUACGCCGGAAAACAUUAACCACAUGCUGGCGAAGCAAUACGGCAUGCAAAACAUGAUCCGCAAACAGUGCGAAUCGGAGCUAGAAUCGACUCGCGGACAUCAGAAACAGGAAUACCGCAAUUGGGUGAUGAAGCACGUAGACGAUAGCUUUCUCGGUCACUCCGAAAGCCCGACGCAGAUCGGAAACCGGUGGUCGAUGAUUUCCACCCAGGCUCCCUCCAUGGAGGAGAGCUUUACCAUCCAUCUAGGAUCGCAGCUUAAGCACAUGCACAACAUACGGAUUCUUAGUGCGCGCGUGUCUGACCUGUGCAGUCCGCUGUAUGGCGAGAAUUCAUUCGGCGGUCCGAACGUUGCUUUGGGACUCUAUUCCAGCUCGCUUUGCGGUAUUGUGGUGCUCACGCCCGCUGGUACCGUGACUCCCGAUCGUGAAAUACGACGCAACGCCAACAUGUCGACCGAAUUUCAUUUCGAUCAGAUCGAUCGCCAGAUCGAGAAGAUUCAGGAAGAUUUGCGGAACCUACAGCAAAGCAAUGCCUCUGAAGAGAGCGGGGCACAAAGCCUAGCCGCUGGAAGGCGACCGGAUCGCAUCCCGACGGUAAAACCAGGCGAUGCGUUCAUCACGCGCCAUUCUAACCUCUCUCACUCGCACGUCAUCUUCCACCUGAUAUCGGAUGAAACAUUCCAAAGCCCGAGUGAGAUAAAUUCGCGUCAUCCUGUGAUACUCGGUUUGCGCAACAUAUUGAAAAUCUCCAGCAGACAUGACAUCACCACACUGACCAUUCCAGCUUUGUUAAGACAUGAAAUGUCCGAGGAUAUGACGGUUAGUUGGUGUAUACGCAGGGCAGAAUUAGUAUUUAAAUGUGCCAAAGGAUUCAUGAUAGAAUCGGCGAGCUGGGGUGGAGCAGAACUGAAUACUUUGCAGCUUCUACUGCCGCACGAUAUAUCGGAGGAGCUCUUUAGAACGCUUGCUGACAUGGUGCCGCACGUGUUUCGCGUGGCCAAUCCUAAAAUUCUUCAAUGAAUUUGCAUUUUCCCCAAACUCUGUUGACAACAGCUUCACACUGUCGUUUGACCCGUUCGGUUUUAGCGGAAGGCACAAUCACGUGUUGUGAGCAGUUUGAAACAAGAAGAUCAUAUUCCGUAGAAGAAACCGCUGCCGCAAUCAUUUAUCCAGACCGACGCCGAUUGCCCAUUUUUUGACGCAUCUACGCCUUCUCUAUGUGGUAACAUGAUAUUACGGUAUACGGUUGAACUCAUUCUCAAAGCUUUAGUAUGUGGUCUAACUCAUAUUUUAUAUAGCUUUUACGUUAGACGUCGCAACAGCUGGUUCGAAAGCAUACGCUUCCUCGGGCUAUUGUACCGAAUCAU